AUGCUCGCUACUCCGUACUUCAAGUCCUUGUUUCUGACCAACUCCUCGUCUAAGCCGCGGCUCUUAGGACUGUUUUAUGAGGCUGCUACUUAUCAGUUUGAUAUCGACAAGUAUUUGGAAAAGAAUCUCGUCGCUGAUGCCCAUAAUGAGUUGCAUGUGUGGGUUCUAGAGGAUGUAGCGAAACAGGAUUGGUCGAAACACAACUACACUUGGAGUACCGACAAGAUUUUCUUCCGUCGUCACGUUUACAUCGCUGGAGUGACCGCUUCCGGUGAAAUAGUGUUUUCCAUGCGCAAGUAUACAUCUGGCCAACCGUUUUAUGUUUUCUACUUCAAUCCCGAGAGGAACAAUCUCCAACGUGUUGAAGUCCAAGGUUUUGGUGAAGGGUUUAAGAAUCCUUGUAGUGUUCGCACCUUUGUGAACCACAUUGAGGAUCUUCAUGUUAACGAUUUAGAACUACUCAAGCCAUUCCAUGCUCCACGUAGGGCUACAAAAUAUUCGGAAUCACACAAAGAAAGAAAAAGGGCAAGAAGAUAG